ACGUUGCUUGCUCCCAAGAUCAAGCGCCUCCCGCCUCCAGCACUCUAACUCAGGGGACACGAUCGCCAUGGCCGCCACAUCGACCGCCGCCGCCGUGCUGUCCCCGCCGUCCGUGGCCGGGCUCCGCCUGGCGCCGUCUCCCGGCCGGGCGCGCGUGUCGUUCCGCGCGGCGCCGGCGCCGGCGCGGCGGUCCGUGGCGGCGCGCGCGGAGCUGAGCUCGGCGCUGGUGAUCAGCCUGAGCACGGGCGUGUCGCUCUUCCUGGGCCGCUUCGUCUUCUUCAACUUCCAGCGGGAGAACGUGGCGAAGCAGGUGCCCGCGCAGAACGGCAAGACGCACUUCGACGCCGGCGACGAGCGCGCCAAGGAGUUCGCGGCCCUGCUCAAGUCCAACGACCCCGUGGGCUUCAACCUCGUCGACGUCCUCGCCUGGGGCUCGCUCGGCCACAUCGUCGCCUACUACAUCCUCGCCACCUCCAGCAACGGAUACGACCCCAACUUCUUCUGAGCGGUCGUCGAGGAUGUAUUCUACAGACAGCCGUGUGCGUGCGUGUGUGCUUGUCAUGUAUCCGAUCAAAGUUUGGUUAAUUUGGACAAGUAGUGCAACUGCAGAAUAAUUGGUAUUUGUAUAGUGCACCAUGCCAACAUGAAUUUGAUCUGUCUCUGUCUUCACUA